CCGUAGCUCUGUUGCUACGAUUUCACGUCUUGUUGUUGAUGUUAUUGUCGUGAAGGUUGUGAACGAUACCUUCCUUUUGCUCGACUACAACUGCGAGGAGGCUGAGGUGUCUGCCACUACUGUCCGAAGACUAGAUUGCCCGUCCGCUUGCUUGGUUAAACGCAAGCUCUGUUCUGCUGCACUGUGUUUGUCAGUUUGUGAUUGGUUGUGCUGUCGCGUCUGAACCGAGAGCUGCUGCAACUACACCGAUCACUCAGCUGCAGUCGAAUUUUUUUGUUUUAACCCGCAGUAAAAGCAACAACGAGUAAAAGUGUGCGAACGGACGAAACCAAUUCUCGUCGUGGGCGCAGCACACCGCGUGUUGUCGUUGCUACGCAGUUUUUAUUGAGUUAUUCCACCUGUUGUUGUCGUUCCGUUACACUUUGUUGUUGACUCUUCAAGCUCGGUUCCUUUAAACAAUCGGUCCUGCUGUGCGUAUUAUUAGCUUUAGAACACUCACUAGGGUGAAUUCGUUGUUUUAGUUGUUUAUAGGGUAAACUCAUUCUAUUGUAUUUAUCAGCAAAUAAAAUGGAAAACAUUCUUCAACUUGAGCCCAAACAUGAACUGCGAUUUCGGGGCCCGUUCCACGAGCCCACUCAGGCAAUAAUGCGUCUCACGAAUCCAUCAAACAAGUGGAUCUGUUUUAAGGUGAAGACCACUGCCCCCAAGAAAUACUGUGUGAGGCCCACUUGCGGCGAAAUCAAGCCGCAGUCCUAUACAGAUGUUGCGGUCAUUUUGCAGCCGGUCCAUUACGAUCCUAAUGACACACAGAGACAUAAGUUUCUGGUACAAUCGAUGAAUAUAGAGAAUCCUACGAGUGUCAAUCAUGAGACAUUAUGGAAGAACGCUGAGCCUAACAAGAUAAUGGAAGCAAAGCUUCGCUGUGUUCUUGAGACGUUUGAGAGCAAAGAGUCGCAUUCUUCGUCCCAAUCGCAACCAUGGGGUGAACCUCCGAAGAAAAUUGUCGAAGUCCCGUUACAGCAGCCGCAGCAGCAGCUCGAGGCCGCUUUCAAUGCCGAACUACGUCGAUUACAAGACGAGAACCUUGCUCUUAGAAGACAGAACAUCACCCUGCGGGAAGAUAGCCAUCGGUUACAUCAGUCAGGGGGAUCCGUACCAAGUGAUACUCGGUCAGGAAAUUCGCAGUCCUUCACAGACACCCCCCCCGAUCCGUUUGCAGAUGCCUCGACGACAAGCGUGAUUGUCAUGUCUCUUAUACUUAUCGCGGUUGGAUACCUUAUUGCCAAAACGGUCUUUUAGGUGACGCCGAAGAUAGCAGCGACACAAACCCAGAUAGAAAUAAUCAUUACGAGGCGCGUCUCAAUGUGCUCUGAACAGCUAGAAAACAUACGCGGGUUAGCAUAGCGCAACAGGCUGUGUACAUAGGGAAAAGCAGCCAUAGACAUUAGACAACAUGGGUACUGACUGCACAUAAAAGAAUGUUGUGCUGUAUUCAUACAUUCACUGAAUAUAUGUAUGCACAUAUAUUUAAUGUUAAGUGAUGGAAGAGGGCGAAAAAGAUAAGAAGAAAAUACCUUAUAGAGGUGAUGAAGGCAAGAUUGUUGUAUGAAGAGGAAGCGAAACGUUUUUCUGAGUGAGAACGGGCUACGAAGCAACAUUUGCUAUAAGCAUAGGUCCAACAUAGGUCGAACGUUUGGGAUGAAAGUGCAUAGAGCAUUGAAACUAUUUUAAAUUACACCGUGUACAGUAGGCCAAAGAGUAUGAGACCUCACUACAAGAUUAACCCAUAUGACGAUUGGGUUCACAUAAUAAUAACAAUAAUAAUUCUAAUAAUAAUAAUGACAUACUACUAAUGAACGCACCAUCAACAGUAACAGGAAUAAAGUCAGAUUUUGUAAGAAAUGACUCGAAGUAUGCCUCUUACAGAUCGUGGACAUACAAUCCACAGGUUAAUUCGGUGUAUACUUAAUAGUAUAUUUUCAAAGAAAUAUAAGUUAGUAGUGAAGUCGGAGAUUUCGAUAUAUACAAAGUGCACCAAAAUAGACUGAUGAGAAACAAAGAAAGAUAAAUAAAAAUUUGCAACUUG